UAGGGGCGCCAUACAGCCUUCAGUUCAAGGACAGCGACAUACAAGUAUAAUGUACGAGUUACAGUAGCAUGGUAUUGAUGUGAUUAAACAAUAGUACACAUUACUGACGCACUUUAAUUAGUCGACAGCAAUAAAAAUGCGCGCUUUUAUGUUUAGUUGUGGGCAACUCCAUAUAUGGUCAACUGAACGGAAGCGCGCGAGCUGGAAAGAGGAACGGCCACCGGAAACGUCAUGCUUGAAAAAUGUGGCAUUCAGCCAGCAGCUGCGUGUGAGAUAAAAACUCUUGAAGCCGAGACGACGUACCACUCGCUGGAGGAAGGCAUGGUGGAGUACUGCACCACCGAGACGCCGGUGACCGUGACCGCAGAGGCUCCGCUGGAGAUGCUGGCGGCGCAGGCCGAGUGCAAACCGCAGGAACUGAAGAGCCGCAUCACGCUCAACUCCGCCAAACUGCUGCAGGAGCACCGCGUCACCAACCUGCAUGUGCGCGAGAUCACCCAGCACCUGGAGAACCAGAGCGACCUGCUGCAGAUGAUCCGCCGCUCGCAGGAGGCCCAGGCCUGCGCUCAGGAGAGACAAGCCCAGGCUCUGGAGGGAACGCAGGCCGCCCUGCUCGCCCUCAUCCAGAUGUUCAGACCCGCUCUGAAGGACUUGAGGACGUUUCUGCAGAACGCCAACAGCCCACACACACUCAAAAAAAUAAAUCGUUGGUAUAACUUAAUAUAAUUAUGACACACAUUUCCACGCAUUUGAAUUAUGUUAUCUCAACUUAAUCAAGGCAAAUAG